AGGAUGAUGAACGUGAUGACAAAGAGCUGAACAAUGUGAGGAUGUGUGGUUCUGGAAGAAACUGGAAUCUCGAAUUAAUUCAUAUGUGACAUUUCUGAAGAGGGAGCACAGUGACAAGAGAGGAUAAAAGAUAGCAGACACUCCCCUCCAACUCAUUUCUCCGUUCACUCAACUGCCAAGUACUGUACAAGAUGUGAAUUCAACGUCUACUCCAGGAGCAUCAAUGGACCUGCCAAUCGACCUCCUCAUCUUUCUCCUCCUCCUUGCCAUCAGUGGAGUUCUUGGAGCGUGCCCAGAUGGAUGCCAGUGCAAAGACAACAAAAUCCUUUGCCAUGGCAGGUCAAUCACAGAGUUUCCCUCCUCAGUGCCCGGUUCCACUACCACCUUCUACAUCUCCAACACCAACAUCACCGCUCUCAAACCUGAUGACUUGGCUGGUUUUGCCGAGGCCCUUGGCAUCUUUGUGGUCAAAGACACUGGGAUCAGAGAAGUAUUCCCUGGCACCUUUGACCUCACCCAUAACUUGGGUGCCCUGGGCUUCACAGGCACUGAGCUGAAUGACCUGCCUGAGGCCCUGUUUCUAAAUCUGGUGAAGCUGGAAUCUCUGACUCUGAGCGGCAACAAGCUCCUGGUGCUUCGCCCCGCCUGGCUUUACUCCCUCGCUGCUCUGAGGACCCUAGACUUCAGCAAGAACCUCAUCACGUCUGUACCAGAGAAGGCCUUUCGCUCUGUCACUCAGCUGGAGCAUCUCACCCUGGCCAGGAACGGCAUCAACCAACUCUACAGGGACACCUUCAGAGGCCUGAGCAAGAUCAAAUCCCUGCGUCUGAACCGGAACACUCUCAGGGAGAUCCCUGCUGGAGCGUUUGAUGACCUGGUAAGCCUGGAGGAGCUCUCUCUGCAGGAUAAUGCCAUCACUCAUCUCCCCGCUAACCUGUUCUCCCAGCUGCAGAGGCUAAAGAAGCUUUAUCUCUCCAGCAACCGGCUAUCUUCCCUCCCAGAGGGGAUUCUCCUCAACCUCCCUAACCUGGCCCAGAUCUCCCUGUAUGAGAACGAGCUCCAGAGUUUGUCCCCAGGAGUGUUCGGCCCCAUGGCCGUGAGGGAGCUGUGGCUGUAUGACAACCGGCUGACCCACCUGGAGGACCACACCUUCAGCAACCUGACCCAGCUGCGUCUGCUGGUACUGAGCCGGAACCAGAUCAGCUCUGUGUCUCCCGGGGCCUUCAGUGGGCUGGCAGAGCUGGGGGAAGUGUCCCUACACACCAACCUCCUCACCAGCCUGCAGGAAGGCACCUUCCAGGGGCAGCAUAAGCUGGUAAACAUCUCCCUGGAGCACAAUUACAUCCACUCCCUUCCUGCCAGGCUUCUCCAGGGCCACUCCCACCUUGGCCAGCUGGACCUCCACAACAACUCCCUCCUCAACCUGCCCUCAGAGCUCCUCAGCACCCUCACGGUGGCCAAUGAGGUGCUGCUCGCUGAAAAUCCCUGGAAGUGUGACCAGGACAUCGUGCCACUGCGGGACUGGCUGACACAGAACCCCACCAAGACUAACCUCAGUACUGUGGUGUGCCUCACGCCCUCUGUCUUAAGCGGUGACAGCAUAGCCGAACUGACUGACGAGGAGCUGACGUUGUCCACUCCGACCGCCGUCCCUGAUAUCACCCCGACAGAGAAGAGGAGGAAGCCCCACACCCCAGCUCCCAAGAGGAGCACCCCCCCCCCUGCUGCAGAGGCCACGCCCACGCCCACCCAGGAGCAGGGGGAGGACACCAGCAGUGGGCAGGGGAACGGAGAGGGUGUGUCCAGGAACACACAGAUCAUUAUCAUCGCGGUGGUCUGCACCGCCAUCAUCACCAGUCUCAUUGUCUGCUGCGUCUGCUGGAGGAGGAACAACAGAGGCAGCCGCAACCUUGGCCGCAGGAACAAAAACAACUCGGUCAUCUAGACUGGCCCAGAGGCCUGAGCACCACAUAAGAGGUGUACUGUACAGUUAUGCUGAGCACGCCAGAGCAAACACCCUGAUGCAGUUGUUCCCAAACAUCUUAGCACAGGAACCCGUCAUGUCUCUAUCAUGUCUCUUCAAGAACUCAUGACCAAGGACAGACUAGCUGGGGCCUGAUCCUUGGGGAACUCUACUUCGAUCGAAUAAGUUGUUCUGAUUGGGAUCCCAUUAUAUUAUAGUUAAGCCAUUUUGCAAGUCCCUCUUCAGCAAGCUUUCGGAGGUUUGAACAAUAUCUUGCACAAAUAACCAAAAAGAACAUCUCAUAAACCAACAUCUGGAAUAAUCAUAAUCAUAAUCAUCUGGAAAUUGCAUGGAUGGUACGCACAAAAUGCCAUUCAUCUUUUUUUCGAAACUGGUAAAAAAAGUUGAACGUAUACAAUUGAAGUCGGAAGUCACCAUACACGUGGGUUGGAGUCAUUAAAACUCGUUUUUCAACCACUCCAC